GAGUCGCCACCCCUCCCAAACCCAUUACACUAACCCUCCCACCCCGCCACCAACCCUGUUUGCCUCUCAAAGUUGCGUCCGUGAGCGGGACCCGAUCACAUCUUCAUCUGGGCAGCAUGCGCAGCCUCCUGGAGAGCAGCUGGCGGCGCUUCGGCCCGGCGGGGCGCGGAUCCUACGACUGGGCGACGCCAGUGCCCUCCACGCACGAGCAACAGGGCUUCAACUGGAAUGACCUGGGAGAGGACAGGAAGUUUGAGCUGCUGGUGUACGUGGUCCUCCCAGCGGUGUCGGUCCUGCUGCUUGUCCUGGUGGCGGUCUUGGUCUCCCGCCGCUGCUCCGCCUCGGCCUCCAAGCUGGGCCUGACCAACGUGAUUGCGCUGGACCUGCAGGACGCCGAGAGCGGCGCCGACUUGCUGUCAUCGCUGACCCGCAACGCAGAACGCCACGCUAGCACCAGCUCGACGGGCUCAGACGGGGUCUUCGUCAUGGUCUACCUGCCGCCCCCCUACGAGGAGACCCUCACCAAGAUCAGCAGAGCCGCCAGCCUCGGCAGCUCCAAGGACGCCGAGUCCAUCAAGAUUGAGGAUCUGGAGGCCAAGCUGUGUCCGGAGGUCAGGUCCAGUGGUCGCUACGUGUGACAAGACUCUCCUGUCUGCUUGUGAUUUCAAUCAUUUCACAUCUCGGCUUUUGUUUUUAAGUCAGUUCCUCGCAAUAAUCCACAGAACACUUGUUAAUACAGUGGUACCUUGAUUUACGAGUUUAAUUUGUUCCGUGACCAAGCUCGUAACUCAAUUUACUCCAAUGCAUUUUCCCCAUUGAAAUGAAUUGAGCUAUAUGCUAUGAUGUCAUGCCAUGACAGCACAAUAUUAACAUAACAGACACCUGCCUAGCGGCUACACCCUCAUCAGGAUUUGUGCCUCCAAAUGUUCAACUAGACCGGACCUCUUGACGGAAAAGUGACCAGUAAUGACUUGAUCAUGAGCUUCUACUUCUUCUUCCUUCCUGUGAUGUCAGCUUGUUUGUGAUGUUCUACUGCCCCCUGCUGCCCAACAGUCAAUAAAGAAAGUUGAAAAAGUGGCAAA